GGUGACGUGAGAUACCUCCAGACAUGGGCAACACAGUGCGCAAGAGGGACCUGUCCAGUUCGGCCCCGGCCGCCGCCAAGAUGCCAGCCAAGCCGGCGAAGAGCGUGAAGAAGAAGCGAGGGGGCAAGACCGCCACCGCCACCCAGAUGUCGGCGCUGGUCGCCCAGUCCCGGCCGGGGCCCUCGCAGGCCAGGGUGCAGCCGGACCAGCUGCCGCCCGCUCCAGACCCGGAGCAGCACGCCUUCGCGCACCUCAGGAAGACACUGCGCGAAGACUUCGAGGCCUUUCUCCUGAACAACGUGCUCCUGUCCGUCCGCUUCUUCGAAAACUUCGACAUAGAAAUAAAACAACUGCGGAAUGCUCCACUGUCUGAAAGUGAAGCGCACUGCAAUUCAGAACUGUACCGGCACGAGCGUCACUGCGUAUGGCCAGAUGCAUUGCAGCAGCAUGUUGCCAAACGGGUAGCAUUCAGACCAAAGCACGGGCCUAACAAGAAUUGCACCGAAGCCCUCUGUUCACGGCGCAUCAUUGUUGUCCACAGCAACGUUACAGCAGUUGACGGAUCAGACAGCAUUAAUGGCUAUAACAGACCCAGUACUUACAAGUUGGCAGUAGAAUCUUCUAAGAGCCAAGGUUAUGUAAGAUUACGGAGCAUCAACAUGCCUAACAAGCAACGCCGUAUGUCAUAUGAUGUCAUUGACAGUGGGAGGUCCGAGGAGCCAAUAUACGCAGAACACGAUGAUGUCUUAAUAACUGAAAGAAAUGAUACAAGACAAACAUAUAUUGAGAACCACCCUCCUCCUCUUCCUCCUUUUCCACAGUCUCUACCUCUAGAAGUUGAAGAUGAAACAAUAAGUGAGACCAGUGCAAGUCAUGAUCAGUCAGCAGCUCUCACACCUGGUGAGCAAGUACUACAAGAUUUGGAAAAACGGAUUGAAGGUUUUCCAAAUGCAUCAUUGGAUACAAAACCAGAAUUUUCUCAUGUCCUACCACUACUUGAAGUUACAGAGACCACUAAGUUGAGAUACCAACAUGUUCUUGGUCCUCAGAAUCCUGAGCAAGUCUCUUCAGAAGUCGAGAACAGAACAUCAGCACGUAGACCCAGCGGCACAGGACGACCACUGCAGUACCGCCUACUACCCAGCAUAAACAUGAAACCUGCAAAAUCACUUUCUGAUUUAGACCAUAUAGGACAGAAACCAAAUCGAACCAGAUUGAGCCCACCCAGCAGUGAAAGCUCUGGUUAUAAAUCGAUAUCUCCACACCGUAGCAAUCCAAGCAGCAGAGGAAGUGAAUCAGAUUACGGAUACAGCACAAUAACAGAACUGAAAACACCAAGGCCCGUUAAUACACGUCGUUUAGGGCACAUGCCAGAACAGACUUGUGGUAUUCCAAGUGAAUGUUUCAUCAGAGUUGAAGUGCGAACAAUUCAGACUGGGACUUACGAUGACAGUGACUCUGAAAGUGAUGGAAUAUACAGCAAGUCACAUAAUCCUCCACAACGAAGCAGGAAACUUUAUGAUGAGUUUUAUUAUUUGAAUUCAACAAUGUACAUGGCAAGUUUUGCAGAUAUAUUUGUUGAAAGAAUAUCAGAAACACUAGGAUUCACAGCAGAGAAUGUGGAACUGGCAGAAAUGCAAGGUGAUAAAAUUUACUGUGAUACAGUUAAAAGCAUAACACAGAAAAUAAAAAUGAAGGUCCGAAUGGACAUUACACCUUCCAUACACUGCAAAUCAUGGCCAGUGCAGGCUCUUGAGUGGCACCUGCGUAACCGAGUCUGUAUACUUGACAGGAGCCAAAACUUGAAGUACACAUGGCCAACUAGUGAAAUGAUAACAAAUGUUAUGCGAAUGGGUUACCAUAUUUUGCCUAUAGGUUACACACCAACUCAUGGUUCUAACAAAGAGAGUCACAUAGAGUGGCAGAUUGCCUUUCCAGAAGCUGAAAACUACUUAGAACAGUAUCUUUCACAUCCACAAAUCUUUUGUUAUUUGUUUACUUUAGCACUGCAAAAGAAUUUUCUCGACCCACUAGUUAAGUCUGAACUAAAAUUACUGCCUGCACAUAUUCGGUCAGUACUCUUCUGGGAAUGUGAGAAAAAUUACGCUAUCUGGAAGGAAGACAGGCUUGGUGAAUCACUUCUACGACUACUAAGAGCAGUUUAUGACUGUCUCAAAAGGCGGCGACUUCCAGAUUAUUUUCUCAAGAGUCAUAAUAAAUUUGAAAGCAUACCAGGUAGAAACUUGUCAAAAAUUCAGGAGAAAUUGCAUUCCAUCAUGGAAAAUCCUGUUAAAUAUGCACUCAUUGCUGCUCGUAACUUAUACUACAUAUCUAAAGACCAGGAUACAUUCUACCCCAAAUUUGAUUUUGAAAAGCUGGACAAAAUAAUUUCAGCAGAAAAUUAUGCAAAACUUCUUAAUCCUUUACUUGCCCAACCACCUAAACCACAACAACUAGUGCCAGAGGAAGAUACCUCAGAAGAAGAGGAAGACGAUGAAGGGUAUGACCUUGACCGUCAAUGGCAUAAAGAUGCACAUAGGGACAUUGAAGCUAAGAAGGCUGCACGCAGAAUAACAAAAGCACCAAAAACUGUCGCAGAAACAAUCAAUGUUUCGCUACAUCCUCAAAAGAAUGAUCCAAUGAGGAGUAAAUUAGUACUGGAGUUAUUCAUCCCUCAUUUUAUUGAGAUGGCCAACUACAGCAACAAAUACAGAUCACAUCAGCAGGCUAUAUUUUACCUCAAACAUGCUGAACGGCUUACAAGACUGCUUGCAGAACAACCAGCAGCUAACAAGACAGAUAUUGAAAUGCUUAUGACACAGAUCAAGUCAGCACAACAGGCCACGAGAGCUAGUGAGAGAUACAGCCUGAAGCUACUGUGGCCUACCACUAAACCACCUAAUGAAAGUAGCACAGACAAGUCACCAACAUUUGCAAGAAGACGGACAACACAGGAGAUAACAAUUGUAGAUGUGCAUCAAAGACCAAAGCGUGUUGUAUCAAUUGAACUACCAAACGAUGUUUCUGAAUCCAUUGAUCUGUAGAAAUCUGAACUAUUGGCAAUUUUUUCUUGACAUCUGUGUUAAGAUGUUUUACAAUUGUUAUAUUUAAAAAAAUUCCCCUCUGUCCUGUUAGUGGUAUUGCCUAUGCAGUAAAUAAUCUGUGAUAAUAUUGUAGACAAGCAAUCCAACAGAGGAAAAUGACAGUAUGAAAAUCUCCAAAUGUUUGUGCUUUACGACACACUCAUUUGUUCAUAAAAAAAUAUACCUUCUUCAGUUCUAAUAACAUUAAUUUAGAAAUUUAUUUUGUUUACAGAAUUCAUUACUUCCUAAUAGGAUAGUAGCUCACAUAUAUGCUAGAGUCCAAGAAAAGUGUUUUUAUAGGCUUAGAAUGUAGUCACUGUAUUCCAUUUAUAAUUUAUAUUAACCUUUAACUGUGUACUGUUAUUUCAGAGAGAACUGUGCACUUUUGCCAAGAACUCAAAUACAGUGACAAAAGUAAUUAGUAGGACUUAGUAUCAUAAGAAUCUCAUUAAAUCAUUACUAUAUAUAUAUAUUUUAAAUAUGAUCAUUU